AUGCCGUCUGCACAAAGGACUGAGCUUCCACCACAGAAGCUCUAUCCACUACGUGAACCUGUUCCUCCUAAUGAGCCAGAACCUUUCUACCAGCAUUAUCAACCAGAUGUUCCUAUAGCUAUCGACUUUGGAUCGGCCAAUGUUCGUGUUGGCCUAACGAAUUCCCAGAACCCGCUGAAUGUGUUCCCCACUCUUGUUGCAAAGCACAGAGAUCGCAAGUCUAACCAGACGUUGACUCUUAUUGGAAACGAUAUUUACAGAGAGGGUAUAAGCCUCAACACUCUUAAGGCUGGAGCAAAGUCACCAUUUGAUGGGGCCUUAAUUGCAAAUUGGGAUUAUGCGGAGAGCAUUCUUGACUAUUCACUCGAGCAUUUGAGUGUCGUUUCUAAUAAUGGCUGCCUUAACAAUCCAGUCAUUAUGACUGAGCCUGUUGGGUGUCCACUAAGUCAACGGAAAGGAAUGUACGAGAUUUUGUUUGAGGCAUACCGGGCUCCUAAAGUAGCGUUGGGUAUCGAUUCCUUAUUCUCGUUCUAUGGCAGAUCAACGAAAAGAGAUGGCUUAAUCGUAAGUGUCGGCAAUGAGCUGACACACGUUAUUCCUGUCUUACAAGGAAAAGGGAUACUUCUGAACUGUAAACGAAUUGACUGGGGCGGAAAUCCCGCUCUGCAGUUUCUCCAAAAGACGCUAGCAUUGAAAUACCCUUAUUUCCCGUCGAGACUCUCCACUUUUCACACGUCAAAUAUCAUACAAGACCAUGCGUAUGUUCUGAAAGAUUAUACUGCUGAGUUGGCGACGUACUUGAAUAUGGAAAAUCUUGAAAAGAACGACGUGGUCAUUCAGGUUCCAGUCGAUAUUGUCCCGGAAAAAGCUAAGAAAUCAGAGGAGGAAUUGGCUCGACAAGCAGAGAAACGUAAGGAACAAGGUAGAAGGCUUCAGGAACAAGCCCAAAAGAAAAGGUUAGAAAAACUAAUUCAAAAGGAACAAGAGUUCGAGUACUACACUAAUCUUCGAGAAACCCUUUCUAAACUCAGUAAAUCUGAGGCCGAGCGCAGAGUUCAAGCUGAAGAGUUCGAGAGCAUGGCUGAUUUGUCCAAAUACAUUGAUGGUUUAGAGAAAUCGCUCAAGAAGGCUCGCACUCAAGAUCUUGAUGAACCAGAAGAGGACAUCAAUCCAGAGACAGCAUGGCCUUUGGCCGAAAUUCCUGAUUCAGAGUUAUCGGAAGAACAGAUCAAAGAAAAGCGCAGACAGAAACUUCUCAAAAGUAACUAUGAAGCUCGUUUGAGGGCCAAGGAGGAAAAGCAGAAAGAGGAAGAAGCUAGAUUGCAGUAUCAAAAGGAACAAGAAGAAUGGAGAAAGCGGGACUUGGAAGAUUGGUGCCUUACAAAGCGUCUUCAAUUGGCGCAACUUAUCUCGGAAUAUAAGCAACGUUCCAAGCUUAUGGAAGCUAUGAAGGACCGCAAGUCGAUGGCAGCCCAACAGAGAAUGAAGACUAUAGCGAACUUGGCCAAUGAUCUGACCAGUUCAACGACAGCAGCGAGCAGAAAGCGUCGGCGGAAUGUAAAUGUGACUAUUGAUAACGAUCCCAACGACACUUUCGGUGCAAACGAUGAUGACUGGAAUGCUUACAGAGACACGAGUAACGCGGCUUUAGAGGAGGAGCAGACUGAAACAAAUAAUGAGAUCUUGAAAUUGGAGCUGGAAUUAUUGGAACACGAUCCUAACUUUCAUCAUGAAGAUACUUUUGCGGUAUCGGAGUCUUUCGACUGGGAGAAUCUGGUGUUGCAUAAGUUUAUUCAUGGGCCCCGCCAAAACUUGACUUUAGCGAUGCAAGCAGAAGGGCAUGAUCCUGAUGAGUUGCUUAAUCAUCCUGAAAUCAUACGUCGUAAUCAUCAACUCCAUGUUAAUGUGGAGCGCAUACGCGUACCGGAGAUAUACUUUGAGCCGUAUAUUGCUGGCCUUGAUCAAGCGGGAAUACCAGAGGUGAUCCAGAACAUACUUCUUCGCAGCUUUGAUGGAAACUUCAACAUCGGUGGUCAGCUGAGAGCCAUGAUAGAGAACGUGUACAUUACUGGGGGUGGUUCUCUACUCCCCAAUUUUGUUGAUCGAGUACAGAGCGAGGUAAUGGGGUUCCUUCCAAGUGGCACGCCUUUCAAUGUGACGAGGUCUCCAGACCCAAUCGUGGAUCCUUGGAGGGGUAUGCAAAAAUGGGCUCAAUCUGAAGAUGCGUUCCAUAGCUAUGUUACGAAAGAGGAGUACGAAGAAAUGGGCCCAGAGUACAUUAAGGAGCACAAUCUCGGGAACGUGUGUCUUCGAGACUUGUGA